AUGAGGGCGCCUCCUACGCAGUGUAGUCAAUGCGGUAGAGCUCAUUCUCGACAAUGUCGUCAGGGAUCUAAUGUAUGCUAUACCUGUGGAGAACCUAUUCAUUACAUGAGGGAUUUUCCUAUGAAUGAUAGAAGCAGGAUGGUUCUUCCCACCAUAUCAAUAACAGUCUCCUCCUUUUCAGUACGCCCUCAAGAGCGAGGCUCUCAGGCAUCCACUAGUAGAGGUAGAGGCAGGGGUGGAGCAUCUAGCUGUGGUGGUAGUCAGAACUGCAUAUAUGCUUUGGCAGGUUGUCAGGAUCCAGAGGCUACACCGGAUGAUAUGUCAGAGGCUUCUUGGAGACUAACUCAUUUUUUGGCGGAGGUCCUCGAGGUCGGGUACCACCUCGGGAUUGGGGAUGAUGUCGUUGACUUCUUAGGGCCUGACUUUCCAUUGAUGGAGUUCCUCGAGGUCGGGUUCCUGCUUCAGCCUUCUAGUCUUGCCAUAGCCAAAGCUGCUACCUCGGGGUCUGUUCGGCAGGGAGGGGAGAAUUCCGCUCCUGAUGCUCAGGAUCAACGAGGGUUUACCUUGAUAAUUACUUCUUCGAUAGGAUAG